AUGUCGGGCCCAAAGGCCAUUGUCGUGGGUGCUGGGGUGGCCGGUAUUGCCAUGGGGCAUACGCUCAAGUGGAAGCUUGGGUACAGCAAUUUUGAGCUAAGUGGUCAGAUAUACGAGAAACGCGAAGGUCUUGGGGGAACAUGGAGAGCAAAUACUUAUCCAGGCUGUGGGUCCGACGUCCCCAUCCAUCUCUAUUCGUUCAGCUUCAAUCUGAAUCCCGAUUGGUCACAAGAGCUGGCAGAGCAGGAAGAAAUUCUACAGUAUAUUGAGGACACCGCUAACAAAUUCGAUCUUCGCCAGCACAUCAGGUUCAGAUGCGAAUGCUUAGGUGCCAAAUGGUCCUUGGAACGACAAGAAUGGGAAGUGUCGUUCCUUGAUCUUGGGACCAAGCAAAGAUUUAAAAAGCACUGCGCAAUCUUAAUAACUGCUGUAGGUGGUUUCUCUCAACCGAGAGACGUGUGUUUUCCGGGACUGGAUGGAUACAGAGGCAAGGUAUUCCACACUGCUGAAUGGGAUCACACUUUCGAUUACCGGGACAAACGAAUCGCUGUGAUUGGAAACGGUUGCAGCGCUGCUCAAGUUGUGCCAUCAAUUGCACCAAGCGCUGAUUUGGAUUGUGGAUAUGCCCGGAGCCCUCAAUGGUACCACGAAAGACCAAAUCACCAUUUCACUAAAUUCGAGAAGCUUUGUUUCCGUUACGUCCCAUUUUGGCAGAGAUACCACAGACUGAAGGUCUUCCUCGCCACCGAUCAACUGUCAUCAGUAUACGGGCCAGAACCGAAGCAAGUCAAGCAGCGGAUUGCUGUGGAGAACAAGGCGAAAAAUUAUAUCUAUCGAGAGACGCCACAAGAGUACCACGAUUUCAUUGUGCCCGAAUUUCCACUCGGAUGCAAAAGAAGAAUAUUUGACCCAGGGUAUCUUGCAUCACUGCACCGUUCCAAUGUGGAUUUAUUACCGGAGGGAAUUCGGGAGAUCACUAAAACUGGAAUCGUCAGUCAGACAGGCAAGAGUGAGGAUUUUGAUGCCAUCAUACUGGCAACUGGUUUCAAAGUGCAGGCAUUUCUGACACCCAUGGAGAUCGUGGGCAAGACAGGUGAGAGCAUCUCAACGCAGUGGGGAAAGAAGAAUGGCGCGCAGGCAUAUAUGGGAACCUUUGUACACAACUGUCCUAACUUCAGCAUCCUUUUUGGGCCCAACACCUUUCCAGCAUUCAACUCAGUUAUUUUCUCUAUUGAAGUUCAGGUUGAAUACGUCGCGAAAACACUAAUUUCACCAAUCCUCGACCGCUACGCAGAUGUCGUUGAAGUAAAUGCAGAAACGGAAGAGAAAUUCAUCCAGAAUCUCGAUGGAAUUCUGGAGCACACUGUUUUUUCUGCAGGGUGCUCUAACUGGUACAUCAACAGCGCUGGGCGAAACUCGGCUUCAUGGCCUGGACUGGCUUUUACCUUCUGGAAAGCUGCGUUUUUUCCAAGGUGGAGAGACUUCGAAAUGAGCGGGGGUUCACGAACUUGGCUCCUUCAUAAGGUUUUGAGGAGUUUAAGUACUACGCCCGUCUGGGUUUGGCUUACCCUCUUUUCACUUGCAUUGGCGGUGCUGGUAAACCAAUCAACACCACAGAGAAAUGGGAAGUUUAAAGGGAUAUUACGCCACUAG